AUGUCUUGGUUCAGUGGCUCCGAUCCAGUUGCAGAACUAGAUGCUAAAAUAGAAGAGGCCAGCUCUGAAACCAUCCCCAAUGGGGAAAUGGACAUCGCUGUGGGAUUAGAAAUCACCGAUAUAAUCCGAAGCAAGAAGGUGCCACCUAAGAAUGCCAUGAGAUCGUUGAAGAAACGACUCACCAAAGUUCAUCAGAAUCCAAACUUGUUGCUUUCCACUUUGAAGGUUAUCGAUCUUUGUGUGAAGAAUUGUGGCGCCCACUUCUUGUCUGAGAUUAACCAGAAGGAGUUCGUGGACUACUUGGUCGACUAUAUCUUCAAGGUUCACUACGAUGUUAAGGACUAUAAGGUGUACUCUUCAGAAGCCAAGUAUAAGAUUGGUACUAGUAUCUUGAAGUACAUCAAGGAAUGGAACUUGUGUCUCAAAGACUCCACCAACACUCGUUACUUGGAUAGAGUGUACGAGCUGUUGAUGCUGCAGGGUUAUGACUUUCCUGAGGUGGACAGCCUGCUUUUACAAUCGGCAUCGACCUUUGCUGAUUCUAGGGCUCCACCUGACUGGAUCGACGGCAACGAGUGUAUGAUUUGUUACAAUCCAUUCAGUGUAAUGACGAGGAAACAUCACUGCAGAGCGUGUGGUGGAGUAUUCUGUCAAGCUCAUUCAAGCAACAGCAUUCCGCUUCCGGCAUUAGGAAUCUUGCAACCUGUCAGAGUCUGUGACGACUGUUACCAGAUCCACAAGUCUAAGACUGCUGGUGUGACAAAGAAGACCACCAGCAGACAACCAAAUGCUUCAGCCCCAGCACAGUCCAAUGCUCCACAAGAGUCCGAAGAAGAUGAGCAACUCAGAAAGGCCAUUGAAUUGAGUUUGCAGGAGUCUCAGGGUCCAGCAGCUACCAAUUACGCUCCUCCACCAACAGCCCCACCUCCAGCGGCAGCUGAACCUAUGCCAGAAACACCUCAGGUGGAUGAUGAAGAUAUGGACGAAGACAUGAAGGCAGCAAUUCAGGCAUCCUUGCAAGAAUACAAACAAGAACAAAGUUUACGACAGCCAGCAGCUCCAGCCCAGCAAGAUUAUCCACAGUAUCCACCACAACAAUCUGCACCAGAACCACAGCUGGAGUUCUAUCAGAGCUCCCUACCUUUUGAUCUUGAUGCAUAUUCUCAGCCUUCUCAGCCCCAGCCUCAGGCACCAGGUCCUUCCAACCCAAGCUUUUACGCACAGACUCCUCAGCAUACGUCAGGCCCUGCUGCUGGACAACAACCUGUUCAACCACAAGAAACUUCCCAGGGCCGCCUCUCGCCUCAGAAGACAAAGGCUGAAGAUUUGACCGAGGAAGAGGAAGAGCUGAUUAACCUCUACUUGCAAUUGAUUAAUGGCCUUAAGACGGAUAGAUCGAAACAGGCUAACGUGUUGUACGACCAAAAUCUUAGUGAGUUACAUGCGAAGGUCAUUCGUUUGAAGCCAAAGUUGAACCGUUCGCUCCGUACAUCAAUUGAGAAGUACGAUCAGUUCUUAGAGAUGAACAACAAGCUUAGCACGAUCACACGUCUUUACGAUCAAUUCUUGGAGGCAAAGCUCAACCAAGCCUACAACAGACAUUCGUUAUCAUCGCCACAAUAUGGACAGGCACAGAUGUACGGCUUACCUCCUCAAGGAACUGGAGCUUCUGGUUAUCCUCAAUAUGGAGCCCAACAGCCACCUCAAAAUACUUCAAAGCCUUUACCACAACAACCAACAGCUCCUUCCGUGCAAGAUGAACAACAACAUACUGGAACUUACCCAGUGAAAAGACAAGGAACAGGCUACCCUCAACAAGCCCGGCCUUACUCUUCUACCGCCCCAUAUCCGUUUGACCCCAAUAACAUCCAAAGUAACCCUUCGCAACAAAGUGAAAUGUCGCAAGGGUCCUCGACAGCUGUCUCAUACAACCCUUCGUUCCCAUCUUAUCCAUCCCAACCUGAUUUCGAUGACGAUGGGCCUUCCGAACCAGCUGAAACUAACGGAACUACGAGACAAGAUACUGGAUUCUACCCUACUGAACCAUCUUUGGGUGAAUCUGAUGGAGAAAGCACCAACAGUGUAGCAAGCAGGUAUCCACCUGUUGCUGGUGGUGAAUUCGGAGGACUUGAGCCCCAGCCGACUGCCGGACAGCACGCCUCGGAGAGAUAUCCUACGAUAGAUGAGAUGGAACAGAAGGAUGAAAGAAAUACUUUGCCUACCAUGGCCCAUCCACAAGGAGAAAAAAGACCAAAGUCAGAGCCAGAGCCACUUAUUGAAUUGUGA